UAAAAAAUAAACUUCGAUCUUAUAUUAGUUUAACGUCGCGUAUAGGAUGGACAAAAUCCCCGCGCGGGACUCUCUUAUCGCCGCCCCUUUCUCAUCAGUACAAGAAGCUCCUUCCUCUCGAUCCCAUUUGAACCCGAUUUAUAUUUUCGUGUUUGAGAUAGAUUUAAUUUAAGACAGUGAAGAAGCUCGACUGCAUUAGCAAUGGCGACGGUGCCGGAAACCUCAUCGGAAGAGAAUCCAACCCUAUCACACAGCAAUUCCAUAAGCCACAGUCCCCAAACCCUAGACCAGCUCGCCACACCGUGGGUUGACUACGCCGUCGAGCAGGCUCGGAUUUACCAGAAGAACGUAGAAGAAACCUUCGAAUCCGCCAUUGCAGCUUCUAGGUCACGUCUCUCUGAGAUUCGAGCCACCUCCGCCGCUCAUUUCAGCCAAACUAUUAACUCUCUGGGAGAUAUCAAAUCUAAUUGUGGUGCUUAUGAGGAACUUUUAUUUGGGAAGAUUAAAGAGGGUGUUCAUAUUGCAGCUUCAAAUCCCAUGAUUACAGCAGGAGUUGCAACUGGAUUGGGGUUUCUGCUUCUGAAAAGACCACGACGCCUCUUGUACCACAAAGCCUUGCGCCUUUUUGUGAGCGAAGAGUCUUUACUUUCUAGAGCUGAUGCCAAAGUAAAGGAGUUGCGACAUUCAAUUGAUCUUCUAAAGGCUGAAAGUGAAAAAUUAGAGAAGCGGGCAUUACAUGCUGAACAGGAAUUGACAAGGGGAAGGACAAAACUUAGACAAACAGGGAAACAAAUCCAAAGUGUGAUUCGCUCAGCUUAUAAGGCUGAAAGACAAGCAGCAGGUUUGAAAGAUAUCCUUGGAGAGCUUCCCAGAAGAGAAGCAGCUGUGUUUCGGUCACAAGUUUCCAAACUAGCUACCGAGGCAAAGAAAGAAAGGAAUGCUUUGUCAAAGGAGGUCACAAAAAUUAGCAAUUAUGGGAUCUCAGUCUGAAAAUUCUCACUUGCAUUCCGUGGUUAGAAUGUACCUCAUCCAAGCGUCAAUAAUUGAAUCAAUUGCGGUACUUGGAGCAAUCCGUGCUCAUGAGUUUUGCAGAAGGCGAUAUUGCUUAAGACUACUAAUUUCAGCGUCAAGUUAGGACUAUGGAGAUAAAAGUUUGAGGGUGAUAAGUUGAACCACAGGCUUGUUAAUUAACAACAAAACUUGCCCAACUUGCCGGGCUGUCUCACUAAAUUUUUGUUGGAGUCACGAGUUCUUAGCUGUA